ACUGAAUCCAUGGCUCAAGAGAACAUCACCAUAAUCACGGAGUUCAUUCUUUUGGGAUUGACGGAUCGUGCCGAGCUGAAGGUCAUCUUCUUUCUGGUGAUCUUAGUAAACUAUGCUCUCUCUCUGCUGGGAAACAUUGGCAUGAUCGUUUUAAUUCGAACUGAAUCCAAACUGCACAUGCCCAUGUACUUCUUCCUCAGUAGUUUGUCAUUUGUAGAUGCCUGUUAUUCAUCAGUAUUUGCUCCCCAGAUGCUGGCCCACUUCUUUGUUGAAAGAGGAACGAUCUCACGGCCCGCUUGCAUUGUACAAUAUUUUUUUUUUGUCCUGCUUCUUACCACUGAGGGUUGCCUGUUGGCCGCGAUGGCCUACGAUCGCUACGCGGCCAUCGUCAUCCCACUGCUUUACACGGGCGUCAUGACCAAAAGACUCUGCGUUAUCUUGGUGGUGGCUUCCUACAUAGGGGGGCUGAUUAACUCCCUGACCCAUACAAUUGGCUUAGCAGGCUUAGCCUUCUGUGGGCCUAACGUCAUCUGCCACUUCUUCUGUGAUCUGCCACCCCUGCUGAAGCUUGCGUGUUCAGACACCUCCAGAAAUGAGCUGCUGCUUCUGAUUUUCUCAGGAGUCAUCGCCCUGUUCACCUUUCUGUCCAUCCUCUUCUCUUACAUCUUCAUCGUCGCCGCCAUCCUGAAGAUCCGGUCCACCUCCGGGAGGUACAGAGCCUUCUCCACCUGUGCCUCCCACCUUACUGCCGUGACCCUGUUCUAUGGCUCCAUAAGCUUUAGUUACAUCCAGCCCCAUUCCCAGUACUCUCUGGAGCAGGAGAAAGUGGUGUCUGUGUUUUACACUCUUGUGAUCCCCAUGUUGAAUCCCUUGAUUUACAGUCUGAGAAACAAGGAGGUGAAAGACGCGGUGAAACGAAGGUGUUUCCGUUAA